AUGGAAGAAGGGUUCCAAAAAGCUGCAACGGAUAAUUUGCCGAAAAUAACUGAGGAAAUGAUCAUGCGAUUCUUCUCGGCAAAUCAACAUUUUUAUACGGCUGAAAUCAGAGGUGUGAAAGUUCAGAGGUCAGCAAGAGAGUCUUACAGUGACAAUGCAGUGGGUUAUGUGCAGGUAAGACGAGAAGGCAGUAUCUGCACAACCAAGGCGAAAAUAACCCCAGAGCAUAAAAUUAAAAAGAAAGCAUACACUGUCUCCUUAAUUUGUGAUGAGGCAGAAGAAAAUAUAGUUUCGUUGCAGUGUGAAGGUUGUGCUGCAAGUGCAGGUGGCUGCAAGCAUACGGUUGCAUUUCUUUUCUGGGUGCACAGAAAAUGCUCGACCCCAUCCCCAACAGAAGUAGAAUGCUACUGGAAAAGGUCCAAGUUGGCAGCAGUUGGGUCAUCGGUAAAGUUUUUACAUGCCUCCAAAUUAGGAAAGAAAUGUGUAAAAGAUCUCCCACCAAAAAAUCCCACAAUUUUGCUGGAAUGCAUUCAGCAAAAUGAAGAGCAUCUCCGAAAUUCCCAGUUGGGAAAUUAUUAUGUAGAAGUAAGCAGCAGAAAAGUGUCAAUUCAUCGUGUAAUGGUGGAAUUUUCUGUUGGAGAAAUUGGCAGUACAGCAGAUGAAUUCCUAAACCACAUUAAAGAACAACUUACAAUUGACAUUUGUCAUCAAGUAGCCGCACAAUCUACUGAGCAGAGCAAAUGUCCCCUGUGGCAUGAGCUGCGUUACGGGAGGAUAACUGCUUCAAAAUUACAUGAAGCAUCAAGGUGCACCACUUUAAGCGGAAGCUUAGUUGAGAAGAUCCUGGGAGCCAAGUUUCGCCCCACGGAAGCGAUCAAAAGGGGGAUUCGUCUUGAACCUGAAGUUAUACAGGAAAUCGAGAAAAAAUAUCAAAUUCAAGUGAAACACACUGGUUUAAUGCUUCACCCUGAAUUUCCAGUUUUUGGAGCAUCCCCAGAUGGGAUUUCAACAGACUUCGUAGUGGAAGUCAAGUGUCCUACUUCAGAAGAGACGAUGAAAAAAUAUAUUGUAAAUAAUAAGCCCACGGAAAAAUUUUAUGCCCAAAUGCAGUUACAAAUGCUGUUUGCAAACAAGCCAAAGGCAUUAUUUUGCGUAGCACACCCAAAUUUUGAAAAAAGUAGGAACACUACGGAAAUAAUGAUUGAAAAAGAUGUUAUUUAUUGUGAAAACUUAAUGGGUAAAGCACUAUUAUUUUGGAAAACAGCAGUUUUUCCAAAAAUCUUUCAAAGUUGUAAAUAA